AUGAAGCCAACUGGCGUCAAUUAUAUUGGCUUCAUGUGCUGGAUCGGCAUUUUGGUAAUUGAUCCAUCCAGUUGGUCACUUAUCCUUCACUGGAUUCUUGCCGUAACAAACUCCUGCAACUGGCUUCGAUGGGUCACACGCUUCCCCUGUGACAUAUUUGGGUUUUACGUCGCCUUUAUCUACCUCCAAAAGGGCAUUCAAGUCCUCGAACAUCUCGGUAGAGGACAAGAGUUCUAUCUCUCCAUCGUUGCCGCUCUUCUUGUCUUCAUGGUAGCAUACGUGUGCGGCCAACUUGGCGGAAGCAGCCUUUUCCGCCACCCCUUGCGUGUGUUUCUCAAGGACUAUGGCACCCCUUUGACAAUCAUCUUUUUCACUGGCUUUGUCCACUUCGGCCGUAUGCAGGAAGUUGAUCUUGAGGUUCUACCCACUGGCAUCGCUUUUGAGCCUACCAGUGGCCGCGAUUGGCUUGUCCGCUUCUGGGAUUUGAGCUUGGGUGACAUCUUUCUUGCUCUGCCCUUUGCAAUCCUACUGACCAUUCUCUUCUGGUUCGAUCAUAAUGUUUCUUCACUCAUCGCCCAAGGCAGCGAGUUUCCACUCCGCAAACCCGCUGGUUUUCACUGGGAUAUAUUCCUCCUCGGUUUGACAACUGGUGUUGCAGGUAUCCUUGGCCUACCAUUCCCCAAUGGUCUCAUCCCCCAAGCACCCUUCCAUACUGAGUCGCUCUGUGUUACAAAAGCUGUCAAGGAGGAUGAUGAAGAUGGCAACCCAGUAGGUGGUGGUUAUUCCUUCGAGGCCACACACGUUGUAGAGCAACGAUUCUCCAACUUUGCUCAAGGCCUCCUUACGUUGGGUACUAUGACGGGACCCCUUUUAGUGGUCCUUCACUUGAUUCCCCAUGGUGUGCUCGCAGGUCUAUUCUUUGUUAUGGGUGUCCAGGCCCUUGAGGGGAAUGGUAUCACGAGCAAGCUUAUUUUCCUAGCUCGCGAUCGUGCCCUCACGCCUUCAAACAGCCCUUUACUUCAAAUCCGACGGCGCUCAGCUAUCUGGUACUUUGUCCUCAUCGAGCUCCUUGGCUUCGGUGCAACAUUUGCUAUCACCCAGACUGUAGCCGCUGUCGGCUUCCCUGUCAUCAUCUUUGCACUGAUACCAAUCCGUGCUCUCCUACUUCCCUACCUAUUCUCACCCGAGGAACUCUCUCUUCUUGAUCAACCAACAGCUUCUGAGUUCAUCAUGGAAGGAAUUGGGGGUUCAUGGGGCGGCAAGGACGACGACAAGUCUGCCUUGCAGCAGGGAGAUGCCCUCCGACGUCCAGAACAUCGCGAUAGUGUGCUUGCGCAUCCUGGAGCUCCUAGAAGGAGUCAGGAGGAUCUUGCAGAGCUGGGUCAAAUACAAUCUGGGCAGAGCACAGCGACACGAAGGAGGAGUUUGGAGAGACGACCACAAAGAAAGUCAAACCCAUAG